UCCAGUUCUUUAUUUGGCGGUCUUAGCGCGUACAAAGGAAAGGGGAAUCUCUCUCCACUCUUCAUAUAUCUGUCCAGGAAUUGAUUGCUGCACAAAUGUCGAACCCGGAAACGCAGCGAGAGAAAAGGAAAGAGCUGGAGGACUGCGACGAAGAAAAUCCUAAGAGAUCGAAGAUUGAAUCUACUGACACCUUGAUCGAUCCGGCGGGUCAAGAAACAAAUGACACGGAGGAAAACCACUUAAUAGACGAAACCUUACCCGAGGCCGGCUCAGAUGAGGCCACAGAACUCGAUAAAGCCCAGUCUCGUGCACCACCUAACACAUGUGGUAAGCUGCUUAUAAGUGGAGCAACAAACUGGGACCUAGUUGGACGAAAGGAGACACCAAAAUCUGCAGGUAAUGCAGGAGGUCCAAACUUAUGGGAACCACACAGCAUCUGGUCACUGAACCACAUCAGAGUACAGCAAGUGGCCUCUGGUCCAAGUGCAUGCCACAGCAUCAUCAUCUGUGAAGAUGGCACUGUUAUGAGUUUUGGUCGCAAUGACAAUGGUCAGCUGGGCCAUGGAGAUGUGGUGCGUUGUGACAAGCCCAGAGUGAUUGAGAGUUUGAAGCACUACACUGUGGUGCAAGCAAGUUGUGGAAAGGCACACACCCUGGUUCUCACAGCUGAAGGCAUCCUUUUUGGUUUCGGUGGAAACAAGAUGGCACAACUGGGACAAGGACAUCAAAAGCCUGUUGUGGCCAAACCUGUUCAGAUUGUCCACCCGAACAACAAGAAGAUAAUCAAGACGGCAUGCGGAGCGGAAUUCAGCAUGUUUAUUGAUGAAAACAACUUGCUAUAUUCAUUCGGUCGCCCGGAACACGGUCAGCUUGGACAUAACACGGAUGGGCAGUACUUUGUCACAUCAAAUAAGCUGGCAUUUUAUUGCGAGGUGUUACCGAGACAUGUUGCAGUUUUUGUGGAAAAGACAAAAGAUGGAUUUACCCACAUCAUGGAUGAUGUAAAAAUUGUCGAUGUUUCGUGCGGAAAUAACCACACGAUUGUACGAGACUCGAAGGAUAGAGUCUUUACUUGGGGAUUUGGUGGCUACGGUCGGCUUGGCCAUCAACAACCCAAAGAUGAACAUGUACCAAGACUGGUUUCUUUCUUUAAAGGAAAAAGUAUUUCAUCGGUUCAUGCCGGUGCGAGCUAUAGCAUGGCGGUCAGUGCUGGUCAGCUGUACUUUUGGGGUCAAACCAAGAGCACGGGGGAUGCCACUAUGUACCCGAAACCGGUCCGGGACAUGUCAGGAUGGGAUGUUCGUAGUGUAGGAUGCUCUAAAACAAGCAUUGUUCUGGCAGCAGACGACAGUGUGGUCAGCUGGGGACCAAGUCCUACAUACGGGGAACUGGGUUAUGGAUUAAAGAAAGGUGGACAAAAAUCGUCAUCAAAUCCGAAGAUAGUCGAACCCUUGGAAGGGAUUUACAUCCAACAAGUCUGCUGCGGUUUGGGCCACACCUUGUACAUUGCACGUGACGAGGAUAGCGAUCGACCACUGCUAGAAAAAUUACCCGUUUACGACCCUGACAAGGUGUGAGUCUAACCAAUAUUACCUCCUACAAAUGUCGUGUGUGCCAUGGCUCCUGUUUACUUCAAUGUUACGUCACAAGUCACGUGAUCCAAUGCGUGCGUAGUGUUCUUGAUUGGAAGUUUCCAGCUGUUUCUAAAUUAUUUAUAUUUGUACUUUUUGUGAUAUCAGAUAGUUGAGGUGAGCUCUUUACUAGGAAACUUCUAAGAGGACAGGGAGAUUCCGAAAUGUUUGCGUCUCGUUGUCGAAGAUUUCAAUUCAAAUGCCCAAUUGCAAUUGUCAGCCCUGCUUAAAUUUUUUUUUUGUAUACCUGACUGAAAAAGUUCUAAUUGAGAAAUAUAAAAAAACAUAGAAAGCUUCACUGCGAUGGUUUUUACGUAGAAAAGCAAUUUCGGAUUUAGACCUUGCCUAUGGAAAAGUAUUCCAACCAUUUCCUCGUUUUCCUUCGUACGACAUAUUAUCUAUUUAUAGCGGUUAUUCCUCCAAUAUUUUUGUCUCCCUAGAUAGAGUGAGAGAGAGAGAGAGAAAAAGUCUGACAUGAGAAGCGAGUUGUUAAAUAAUCUAAUCAUAUGGUGACGAUGUAUGGCCUUAGUUUGGGUAUAGAACCAAUGAAAAAGAUAUAGAAAGAGACAAGUUUAGUAUUUAGAAAGAAGCUUGAUAUUGAUUUUACAUUUUUAAAAAACAUUUCAAAAGUAUGAGUAGUAAAGGAAACACAGUGAAAUUAUAUUUAUUUUGCAGAGCUCUAAGAAAAAAGUAUUGAUUUUAGUGAAGAUGGAUCUGCGUAGCUGGCUGAUUUGUGUCAGGUGUGCGAAAUAGUUGUGAAGCAAAGGGCCCAUGCCUUCACCGCCCACCGGCUCCCUCGUUUCAAAUAAACAAUCACAAAACCGCCAGAUACGUAAGCUGUGAAAUUUUGUUGCUGUUAUUGUUACGGUUCAUUGUGCAAUAAAACCUUUGUAAAAUGAUU